UGUUGGUAACACCUGAUUUUUCUAAAGAAUUUAUUUUACAGACGGAUGCAUCUGAUGUAGGACUAGGUGCUGUUCUCUCUCAAGAAAUUCAGGGUGAGGAGCACCCCAUAUUAUAUUUAAGCAGGAAGCUUAAUCCCCAGGAAAGAAACUAUUCCAUUGUUGAGAAGGAGUGUCUGGCUAUAAAGUGGGCGGUAGACACACUCUUGGGACGAAAAUUCAGACUAGUGACAGACCAUGCACCCCUUACUUGGAUGAGCCAAAACAGGGAGAAAAAUAGUAGAGUAACCCGCUGGUUCCUUAGCUUGCAACCCUAUAAUUUCUCCAUUGAGCAUAGGGCCGGGAGUAAACAGGGAAAUGCAGAUGGUCUUUCGCAGAUGCACUCUCUAAUGUCCAUGGUCGCUCGACCCUAUAGGUCUGAGCUGGGGGGGAGGAUGUGUGACAGAAAGCAAUUAAUUGUGCUGGAAGGAACCUAUAUACCUCCCCAGAUUUUGCAAGGUUCUUACUUUGUGUAAUUAGCCCCAGGGAAAUGUGUUAUGUUCUAAUGAAUGUUGCACUUUAAAUAUGUGUAUAUUUGGGCCCUGGGGUGGAGCACCUGGAGAGUAGGGUGGGCCUGUGCUCCACUCCACAUUUUGGAAGUUGCUUGGUGAGAAGUCCAGUUCUGGAGUUUGAAUCCUAAUCUAACUCACCUGAAAAGGAUUGUCAAUUACCAGUGCUAUAAAGUACUCCCCUGCCAAGGAAGAAGGGAGAUUGUGUUUGGUUUCUGUGAGUGGAAACAGAGAGCUGAAAACCCUGAAGCAGUAAGGCUGUUUAUGUUUAUGUUUAUGUUGGGAAAUGGACAAGCCAUCCAACCCAGUUAGCUGAUUAUAUUGUUUAGUUAGUGCUCAGAAGAGCAAGGCUUUUGUUUGAUAUAUUUUUGUUACCUUUAUACCUUACUGUGCAUUUAUUUUGGAACCUCAAUAAAAGAGCAAGUCAGUUUACCUCAUCCAGCGUGUGAAGUGUCUCUAAAGCCUGAAAAGACUGUGUGUAACACCCCGAUCCCAGGACAAGGUACCAAGGGAAAGGAGUACUUUUGUCACAAUAUAUAUAUAUAAAUGGGGUGGGUGGGGGUUACAGAAGUAUAAACAGAAUAAAAAUAGGCAGUGAGGGGUAUGAGUCAAAAUUUCAACAACUCAAAAAACAAGGCCUAAAUGGUUGGGUGGUAAUGUGUGCACAUAUCAGAAUUUCAAGCAGAUCAGGUCUUCUUAAUAUAGUAAAAUUAUAAAACUUACUGACACGGAGGGCAGAGCCUGACUAUCCGAGAAGAUGGCAGCAUAAUCGAAGAGCUUCACUGAGACCACCCUUUAAUCCACAGCAAUCAUCAUUACAUAUUCCUAUUAUACUCAAAGCCACCCCUCUUGAAGAUACCCGAGCUCCUCUACUACACUGAAAUCGCUGCACUCCUCAGUGGCACCGAUCUUUAAAACUAGGCCGGCAAAGUCCAGGAAGCCAUCUUCCCACCGACCACCCUCAGACUCUGACACAAGUAGCACAGCCCCGUUGGAAAGAACAGAGGCACCCCUAAUCAGCAAGCACGAUAUGUUGCCGAGGAUCUCCAAAAGCACCUGAAACAACUAGUGUAUGGCAUGGCGGAGCUUAAGACCCGCACACACAAGACAGAAGGGAAAAUGGAAGAGAUGGCUGAAGUAGUGGAUGGCCACAGCACAUAUCUUUGGGACCUUAGGGAGCAAAUCCACCUCCUUGAAGAAAGCAAAGGAAGAUCUGAGCAACUGCACCUGCCAGAACACCAUCUGGAUCAGAGGAUUGCCGAGACAAUUUCUGUAGAACUCCUGCAGAAGAAAUUGACAGAGGCAUUUAGGGGCCUUCUACCAGCUACAAAUGUAGCCCAGCCAAGAGACAUCAUCACCCAGCUCCAUUAUUUCCACAUCAAGGAGCAGAUCCUGGCAGCAGCCAGAGAUAGUCCGGUAUUUGUAGAUGUAUACAGCAUUCAACAAUUUCAAGACCUGGCUCCCAGCACCCUGAGAAAUGGAGAGAAUUACGGCCCCUCACGUUGCUACUUUCCCAUCACGGUCUGCAAUAUGCCUGGGGUUACCACUUUGAGCUGGCUGCUCAGAAGGAAAAUAACUACUAUACAUUUACCCAAGUGGUGGAGAUCCUGGAAUUUCUGGAUAAACUGGGCAUAAAGACAAUAGCGCUACCUCCACAUCAAAGGCCCAAAUGCACCAGACCCCAGGAACCACCUCAGCAACAGACCACACCACUUGGCGCCAAAGCAGCAUGCCCGGAGCCAACCAAGAAAACACCAGCCAUGCCCUGUGUGAUGAACUGGACCAGUUCUUGGAGUGGCAUACUUGCCAGCAUCUUGCCCUGUGACUGUAGCCCCUGUAAUGAAUUUUGGGUUAAAGACUCUGGUUGUGCCUUUUGGACUUCUAACAGGAACAAUUUAAACUUUUGAAGUGGCACGUCGAGCUCCCAAACUCCCGAAGCCAUUGAAAGUGCCAUUCGACCAGGUGGUGGUGGCCAUCUUGUUCACAUGGAGCAAAACCAUGAAUAGAUUUCAGGAGGACUUAUGCGCGAAUGCCCUUGAACUAUUUUUGGCAUGAAAAAUUUGUGGUUCCCGGUCGGUUACCCAGAGGCACUUAGCCGCAAUUCUAUGGAACUAGUUUCGUCCUGAAGACUUCGCGGUUCCCGGUCGGUUCUCCAGCGGCACUUAGCCGCGAUUCUAUUGAACUAUUUUCGGCUAUGGGACCAUGCCUGCGGUCGGCAAAACUAUGACUUCCAUAACAUUUCUGAGCCCCUGAACUGAUCUGGGUGAUUUUGGAUAUGUUGGUCACCCAGAUCAGAGCUAUCAGGGGAUGUAACAUUUAUGGGGAUUUUAAGUGUUUUAAGGUAUUUUCGCGGUUUUCUAAAAAUGUGUGUUUUUUGUGUUUGGAGAUAAUUGAGUUUAGUAUAGUGCUUGACUCAAUUAUCUCCUAAGUAAAGGGAAAGGCUUAUUGUAUUGUGUGUGUGAGUGACAUGCAUUGUAACUCUGUUAUCAUUGGUUUGUAAGUUUGUGUCCCUGUCCCCAACAAGGGCCAUGUGGGUGUACCCCUUGCAUGGGGACUGUUAUAAAAGGCUAGUGUGGCACCAUUAAAAUUCAGUGCUGCUUAACCCUCAACACGUAACCUUGUCUCGUGAUUGUAGGGAACCACUAUACAGCUAUACUACUAGCUCUUACAAGAGCUUCACAGCUAUACUCUCUUGGAGGAGAGGCCUUCCCACUGAAUCCCUGGAUCCAGGUGUCUGGUCCAGGGUGGAACGGGACGGCAAGACCCCAGCCAAGCUGCAGCAGUUUGUGGAGUCUACGGUGCUUAUGGUGUCCGGUGUGGGUUUUAUGGUCCUCAGCGUCAGCUAGGAAACAUCGAUUGGCAGAGGUACCCAGUCGGGGUGCCAGGUGGUACGUCACACCCUGAUACUACUGGAGGCAGCGGAACAGCUCCACAGGAAUAUACAGACAGAACCCUACUAAUCCUGAUAAACACCGGGCAGACCAACAGACAGCACCUCAUUGUCCUCUAGAGGCCAAAGUACUGAAGCAUCCAGGAGACCAGACAUGAUCUUUGGCCUACCAUACAUGAAGCACCUACCCCAUGUCGACAUGUACCAAGACUGCCCUGGAAACUGACAGACACAAAGGAAGGUUUGAUAGGUGACUAUUCAAAUUAUUAUGAUUUAAAAAAAAAUAAAAUCAAGAUUUCACCUUUUUUAAGGACAUUGUUCCUUAAGAAAUGUUGUUUCCCUUAUUUUUUUUUUGUACCUAUUACCAAACUCAUUCGGCUCUGAAACAAGACGCUAUGGGUUACGGCACUUUCCCCCAUACUGCCACAGCAAAGGUGAUUCAGUAAGACUUUGGCACCCAAAAGGACUCUCAACUUAGAUUAACAGUGAUGGUCUCAAUAUAGCACAGAAUCCUGCACGUAGGAGAUAGCCAAUGUACGGAGCUGCAAGCUGUGUAGCGGGUGGGUUGCUGGCUGAAGCAGGCUAACCAUUAAGAAACCAUCCGCUACGUGGCCUUAAGUCAUUCUGCAACCCAACAAGUCCAGCCAGGCUGCAAUCGAACCAACCACAAUUUCUUAAACCAAUACUCCCCUCACCUCCAGAGGCACUCAAUGACCUAAAUGAGGACAGGGCUGUCAAGGGUUUCUGGAAGAAGCCCCUCUGUGCCCAAAGUGCUACAUCCAAUUAUAUGGGGCCUUAAGCUUUCCGGCUCAGAGCCAUCGGCCAUCUGGGACAGCUCACGGCUCCUUAGAUUAAUUGACCCUAUAAGGGAUGUACCACAAUGAGCUGAGAAAUAGCAAAUUGGCCUAAGCUGACAAAUGUCAGCUAGCUGGAAGAAAGGCAGGAGUUCAUGAACAGGUAUGGACAAGUACACUAAAAACUGCCUGACACUACGCUAAGGGGCUUGGGUACCUAUACUCUAGCUUUUGAAAAGAGUUAUUACUCAUUUUUAUAUAUAAAUAUUUAUAUAUAUAUAUAUAUAUAUAUAUAUAUAUAUACUAUAUUUUUUAUUUUUUUUAAUUAAUUAAUAUAUAUAUAUAUAUAUAUAUAUAUAUAUAUAUAUUAUGGUUGGAUAGACAUAUAACAGUAAGUAGGGGUAUAAGUACAGAUGUGUAUAAUGGUAUAUAUAUCUGAGGAUAAUGUAUAUAGGGAAAUGUACCUGAGAAUUAUCCUGACCUAUCUCAAGAGGAAAGGGGAAGGCGGAGAACAAAGAAAUAGGAUUACUCCCACUUAGAUGACAUAACACACUGUGCACAUUGAGGACACCCUUUGGCCCUGGCAGUCCAUUUAUCGGGCUCUGGCAUGUUGCAUGACUCACUGUACUGAACCAUGACCCCCAGUAUGCCUCCAUAAAAGUGACUGAUGUGGGCUGCACCUGGCAGAAUCAAGACACUGCCCUCAUGGUAACAGAUGUAGCCCAGACCAUAGAUUUCAUUUUAGAGACUUCAUCUUCCCCAGACUGGACAUUGAUGACAGACCACACCCUAGCCUACAUGCCUGAGACACCCAAGCUGGCACUUCAUUAGGGUAAAAUCUGGUUGAAGGAAGCUAACCACCAUUACCCAGACAACAUUCUUUCUCUUUUUCUGACUCACAUCGAUAUCCACCUGUACUUUCUCUAACUUAAUAUACCUAUCCGUUUUUCCUGACCCGACGGGCCCAACAUAUCACAGACCUGCCCAGUCAUCUGCCCAUCACUAACUAGCCAGAUUGAUAAGCCCUCCUCACACUUCCCGAUCUUGCUUCCGUAUCACACACACACACUUUUUUUUCUCCCCUACCUCCUUCCCUCUUUCCUCUCUUCCUCAUGAUCCCACACCACCCCAUCUUACUAUGACCAAUCAAGGUGAUAUGCACCUCCAUCAAUGCCAAAGGCUUGAACAUACCAGUGAAAAGACACACACUCAUGUGUUGGGCCUCCCGAACGGUGUCAGACACAAACAUGCUCCAAGAAACACAUUUCACAGAACAACGGCAGUACCCAUUAGUGAAAAGACAGUUCAAAAGACUCUACCUAGCAAUAGUAUGUAGCCAUACCAUUACGCAUCAUAAAAGGAAAAAUAGGAUCAUGCUGUACUUUUUGGGAAAAGCUCCAAAACCUCAACUAAAGCACAAGAGACAUUAAUCAGGUUCCUAGAGGCAUUAAAUUUGCCCAAACCCUCUGACAUAGCUAGAGAAACUAUAGUAGACUAAAUGAGGUGGAAGAGCUCAAAGCAGUGCUCAAUUGCUCAAACCCUUAAAAAAUCCAAGGCCAGAUGGCUUCACAGCUCUUUACUACAAAACAUUUUGCAGACAGCUACUACCACACCUCUGCAGAGUCUUCAAUUCCCUGCUCGGAGGCCAACCACUUCCCCCCAAUAUGCUCAUGGCCAACAUAUGUCUGAUAACGAAACCACAAAUAGUCCAUUUAGACCAUUACUGACCUAUUUAGUACCUCAACACCAACCUCAAACUUAUCACUAAAAGAACUGUCCAACUGACUCAACCCUUUACUAGGCAAAGUGAUAACAACAAGCAGCAGAUAACUCCAGAAGAACACUCAACACCGUUUGGUACACAACCAGACAAACUAUUCCCACAGUUCUGAUAUCACAAGAUGCUGAUAAUAAAAAGAAAGUUCAGCGCACUCCCUUAUCCACUAAAUAGCAACUCCAGUGCUGAAAGAUUGUUACUUUUUAAAAAAACACCUAAUCUAGGAAAGUAUAAUGGGGGUUUAGUUAUAUUAUAUGAUCAUACAUUGCAUAAGCCUGCCACAAUGUCAAUGUCUUUGGCCCUAACCUUACCACUAAACCUACCCCUAACCCUACCACUACCCCUAACACUGCCCCUACCCCUAACACUAACCUUAACCCUACCCCUACCUCUACCCCUAACCCUACCCCUCUACUGCUAACCCUAGCCCUAACCCUAACCCUAAUCCUACCCCUACACUUGUCUUUUGUUUAGUUUUAGUUUUUUUUAGAUGAUAUAAGUCACUUUAGGUGAUUGCUGCUUAAGUUUAUGACUAUAUAUAUAUAUACAUAUUUUUUUUUUAACUUUUAUAUCUUAAAGCGCUAUCCACAUUUUGGGUUGUUUGUCCACGAUUAAUUAACUCACUUGGCAAAUCCCUUUAGAGGUAAUUUGAGCUGGUAACUCUCCCUCUCAGUUUUCAGAACUUCUGUAAUUCGAUGUCAAAGGAAUUUUCAGACUUUGCAUGGCUGCUGUUACAAGCUAAGUGUCAUAACAGUUUUGACUGACUGCCAAGAUGGCCAGACACAUUAUCUGUCAUUCUGGUGGGCUGACAACAACAUUCAGCUUAAUUCAAAUACGUACCACAGCAACCAACCUUCACCAACUGUGGGAUAAGUCUGGCAACCUUAUGAGAGCACAGGAUUGCACCUGUGUGAAGGGUAGAGCCACCUGAGCAAUUGAGACACAGUCCUGCUAGCUGCCUCUGCAGACAGGAGAAACAGACAAUUUGCCAGCCUGAAGAGAGCUGAAUACUGGUUCCAUUCUGGACCCUGUUGUCCCCUCCCUUGACUGGUGGAGGUUAUCCCAGUCCCAACUGUGGAGGCAUUACUUGCCACUUGAAAUACCCCAUCCACUUGCAUAUUCUGCAUCACAUUGUAGAAUCAAGAUGGCCACCUACACUGCUUUAAUGUGCCUCACAGCCUGGGUAAUGGAACAAAGAUGGGAAGAAAUAUUCUUGUUGAAAUUUGAGGAUCUGUGUACAUUUUUGGCAUUGAAUCUAAGGGUAAACACCUCAGCUCAUGCUUUCUGCUGAAAUACUGGCUCUGGAUGCUGCCUCGGCCACUUAUGCUCUUUCUGGGCUGGAUCUCAGCUGGAAGAUGUUCCAGACCAUGACCUGGGGAAGUUUGCCAUGCAUUUUGUGGUUGAAAUUAAUGCUAUAUUACAAUUCACAGUUUAGCAAUUGAAACUCCAUCUUGCUUGAAGGCAGAAUCUAAAUGACAGACACAUAUUUUUAACUAUGUUGAUUGAAAAGAGACCAGAUGUGUGUCCAUUUGUUUAAACAAACCAAGUCAUACAACUUGGAAUGUGGCUAAAAUAACAUUCAUAUCUCUUACAGCCUUACAUUGCAUUAAGAAUAGCACAUACUUAAGAAUAUAUCAUUUUAACCUGAUCAUAUAAAAGACAUUACUCCUCUUUAAUAAUUUUUUUUAAUUAAUAUAUAGCAUAUAUUAUUUUUUUAUUCUAACACUAUGCAUUAAUUAAUAAUGACAUAUUUACCUAAUACACAUAUAUCUAUACUCUAAAACAAUAUUGUCACAGUGUAACUAAAACCCAGAAACAUAUGCAAUAACAUAAAAUUAAAUUAUAUACCCAUCUUAUAAGCAAUUACUUAUAAUUUAUGAGUGUCUAUACCUUACUGUGUUAAUUCUUAAUUCUACAACAUUCUGUUCACACUUUGAGGUGACUCUUAGGACAGAUACAGUUGCAAGAAAAAGUAUGUGAACCCUUUGGAAUGAUAUGGAUUUCUGCACAAAUUGGUCAUAAAAUGUGAUCUGAUCAUCAUCUAAGUCACAACAAUAGACAAUCACAGUCUGCUUAAACUAAUAACACACAAAGAAUGAAAUGUUGCCAUGUUUUUAAUUGAACACACCAUGAAAACAUUCACAGUGUAGGUGGAAAAAGUAUGUGAGCCCCUAGACUAAUGACAUCUCAAGAGCUAAUUGGAGUGAGAUGUCAGCCAACUGGAGUCCAAUCAAUGAGAUGAGAUUGGAGGUGUUGGUUACAGCUGCCCUUCCCUAUAAAAAACACACACCAGUUCUGGGUUUGCUUUUCACAAGAAACAUUGCCUGAUGUGAAUGAUGCCUUGCACAAAAGAGCUCUCAGAAGACCUACGAUUAAGAAUUGUUGACUUGCAUAAAGCUGGAAAGGGAUAUAAAAGUAUCUCCAAAAGCCUUGCUGUUCAUCAGUCCAUGGUAAGACAAAUUGUCUAUAAAUGGAGAAAGUUCAGCACUGCUGCUACUCUCCCUAGGAGUGGCCGUCCUGUAAAGAUGACUGCAAGAGCACAGCGCAGACUGCUCAAUGAGGUGAAGAAGAAUCCUAGAGUGUCAGCUAAAGACUUACAAAAGUCACUGGCAAAUGCUAACAUCCCUGUUAGCGAAUCUACAAUACGUAAAACACUAAACAAGAAUAGAUUUCAUGGAAGGAUACCACAGAGGAAGCCACUGCUGUCCAAACAAAACAUUGCUGCACGUUUACAGUUUGCACGAGAGCACCUGGAUGUUCCACAGCAGUACUGGCAAAAUAUUCUGUGGACAGAUGAAACCAAAGUUGAGUUGUUUGGAAGAAACACACAACACUAUGUGUGGUGAAAAAAAGGCACAGCACACCAACAUCAAAACCUCAUCCCAGCUGUGAAGUAUGGUGGUGGGAGCAUCAUGGUUUGGGGCUGCUUUGCUGCGUCAGGGCCUGGACGGAUUGCUAUCAUUGAAGGGAAAAUGAAUUCCCAAGCUUAUCAAGACAUUUUGCAGGAGAAAAUAAGGCAAUCUGUCUACCAGCUGAAGCUCAACAGAAGAUGGAUGUUGCAACAGGACAAUGACCCAAAGCAUAGAAGUAAAUCAACAACAGAAGAAAAUACGCCCAGUCAGAGUCCUGACCUCAACCCGAUUGAGAUGCUGUGGCAUGACCUCAAGAAAGCGAUUCACACCAGACAUCCCAAGAAUAUUGCUGAACUGAAACAGUUCUGUAAAGAGGAAUGGUCAAGAAUUACUCCUGACCGUUAUGCACGUCUGAUCUGCAACUACAGGAAACGUUUGCUUGAAGUUACUGCUGCCAAAGGAGGUUCAACCAGUUAUUAAAUCCAAGGGUUCACUUUUUCCACCUGCACUGUGAAUGUUUACAUUGUGUGUUCAAUAAAAACAUGGCGACAUUUCAUUCUUUGUGUGUUAUUAGUUUAAGCAGACUGUGAUUGUCUAUUGUUGUGACUUAGAUGAUGAUCAGAUCACAUUUUAUGACCAAUUUGUGCAGAAAUCCAUAUCAUUCCAAAGGGUUCACAUACUUUUUCUUGCAACUGUAUAUUAGUUGGGUAAAAAUAUAGUCUGCUUAUCAACUCAAAGUCUGGAAAGUGCUGAAUUAAAACCUUUGAUGUGUCACUACCUCCAUGAUGGAGUAACCAUAAAAUGGCCACUCUGUUACGCAUUUUUCAUAAUGGUUUCCAGUUAAAUCAUUAAGAGAGAGUGGUUAUUGAAAAAAAUUAUUAAAAUAAUUAUGGGACAAUUGCACCACUUAGUGGCCAAAUUGGAACUUUUAACCACUAGGAUGAUGUCAUCACUCAUUAUUAUUAUUAUUUUAUUUAUAUAGCACCAGCAAAUUCCAUAGCACUGUACAAUUGGUGGAUUAACAGACACGUUAUCAUAGUGUACACCAACCCAUCCAUUUCCAUUGGUCACUUCAUAAAUUUGGAUAUGAAUUUAAGGAGUUAAGAGAUUGCUUAAACAUAGCAACAUAGGAGAUGUUGAACUAACUGUUUUGAAACAGGUAAAAAGGUGAUAUUGAGGAUAGUUUGGAGUGUAAUAAGAGAUGAGUGAAAAGAGAUAGAAGGAUCACGGUUAUAGAGGGAUUUGAGCAUGAGGGUAAGGCAUCAAGAGAUACUGCUGGUAUGCUGGAAGCCAGUUGAACUGUUGUAGAAGGUGUUGUCAGGUAUGGUCAGAAUUAAGCAUGUUAAAGAAUAUACAGGCAGCAGCAUUUUGGACUUGAAGUGGAAUAAUGAAUUGUUGUGAAAGACCAAGUAGAAUAAUCAAGCCAGGUGAAGUUGAGGGAAUGGAUAAAGAGUUGCAAAAGAGAUUCAGAAAACUAAAUAGGUGAAAAUGCCAGACAGAAGUCACAGUGACAGUGGUUAUGUGUUUUUCAAAUAAAAAUGAGGAUAUAGGAUGAGGGGAGAAUGGAGUAUGUAAAGAAAGAGAAGGAGAUAUUAAUGUUAUCUGGAAAUAAAAGGGUAUUGUAGCCUUGCAAUGAGAUCAGAGAGAGUGGCAAUAUAGAGGUAGAAAAGGAAAAAACCGAACCCUGUGGGACACCAAUUGGAAGCAGGUUCAGCAGUGUUGAUGUAUUGUUGAAGGAAACUUGAUAGGAUCAAUCAGAACAUCUAAGGAUAUUGUUACAAAAACUGCAAUUUUUUUUGUUUUGCUAAUGUAUUUUGAAUUGAAAUACAGAUGUAUAAUUUAUAUGUAAUAUCGAUAUCUAAGGGUUGAAACAUCUUGACAUGUACAAAUUAGAUCAUCUUUUUCUCCACACUACAGCAAGGUCGUUUGAAAUCAAAAGGGAAAACAGUAAAAUACGCUAUUGCAAAAAUAACCUUGAGCUAGAGGAGGAGUCCCAGGUGUAAGCAUGAGAAGGAUUUUAAUUUGUUAUGAUUCACACAACAUAUAAAUGUGACAAGUAAAUUUCAAUAAUUUAUCCAGUGCAUUUGGAUCUUUGUACAAUGAAGCCCAUAUAAUGGGCCAUAUUAUGUAGUGCAAGGUUUGUAUCCAUGUGAGAUUGAUCACAUUAAUAUAUUUAAUUUCAUUUUUUGAAAAGUGUAUGUAAGAUAAAAUAUAUUUGUAUAUGUGAGAUAUCAGACUUGUAGACACCAAGAUAAAGGUAAGGAAAAUCUGCCCUAAAAAUUACACUAAAAAUGUAUUUCACCAAAAGGUCAUACAUUUAAACAUAAUAUUACUAUAAAUAACUAUUAAUUAAAAGUCAUUACUAUAGUCAUAAGUAUUUUACUUUAUAUAAUUUUAUACAUUCUGUAGUAUCUACUUGUUGACCCUAUUUUAUUCAGUAAUUUGAUUAAUCUUUUUUAUUUUGAUCUAUUGUUUGUACUAUUUUAUUUACUUCUUGUUGGGGAUAAAAUCAGUCCCCAGUUUCAGAAUGUAUUGUCUUUGGUCUGUCUGCACUAAAACUUCCAGUGAUUUACCUUUCUUUUGCUAUUUUCGUGUUUACUAUAAUCAUUACAUGAGAUUAUUUGCUCAUAUGCAAGAUUGAUUUUAAGUGUGUUUUAGCCAACCUUUUUAAAGAUUGCAUUCAGUAAAUAUCAAAUUAAGGGAUGUCCCUCAAAUGAUGCAAGUGAGACACAGUUUAAGACCAUAGUGAAUAUCCUUAGUAGUAGAACAUACGUACACUAUAUAUUGUGAGAGAUAUACUACGUAUGUUUAGGUUAUCCAACAUAAUAUGGAAACUAGAACGUUUUAGUUAUUCUGACCACUAAAAGGAAAUUAAGAUUAUUCUUUUGUGGUUUUGCUGUUGUUAUACAAAUAAAUCUUAUUUCAAACCAAUAUCAAGUUAGGUUACCAUAUUAUGGCUUCAAUUUAAUAUUGUUGGAUAAACUUUCCAAAUAAUUUAUAAACUGAUUUUUAAAGCAUAUUAAAACAAAAACAAAAAAAAUCUAAAAUAUAUCAAAGUAUUAAAAUAAUUUUCAUAAAAUUUAAUCAUUUUAAAUGUUUAUUCAAAACUAUUAAAUCAAUUUGAAAGUUUAUUCAACAAUGUUAAAUCAGGGCCUAUAUGUUUCGUAUUUCUAUUUAUCACUGUACAUAUUUGUAUAGAUUGAAAAAUGACUAAUCAACAAAUGACUUGCAAAAUAUUGAAUUAUGGUGAAUUGAAGAUUGAAUCACAACAUUUAUAUUGAGAUAGUAAAGCUUUUUUUCCUACAUUUAUAAUUCAGUUUUCAAUUUGCCGUGAUUCAGAAUUUAGUGGGGAAAAUAUCCAAAAAUGUUUUUAUAAUAUCUUGUGAAAUUUUGCUUAAGCACAGUUUUGAUGCGCAUGGCAUUUUUUUUGUCAAAAAACAAAAGAAUGGUCUACAAAUAACUGAAAUUAUCAAUAUUAUCUAAUAUUAAAAGAUAAUGUGUUCUUCCAUUCUUAAACAAUGACCUAUGAUGAGUCAUCAACUGGCUUUCACAUUUUGAGACAAAAACUAAUUUGGUUGAGAUGGAGAUUACUUUCCUAACUGUUGUUUUUUGUUUACAUUUUCUACUUUGUUGUCUGCUUGCCAAUUGAAAACUAAAUUAGAAAUUGUAGGUAAUAAGAGAUGAUUAAAAAAAAAAAAAUCUUCAAGUCUCCACAAUUUGGUGCAAAGUGAAUAAACCAUUGAAAAUUCACAUACUAAAGUAUUGCAACAAAAAUAAAAGAAGCUAAAAUGGAACAAUAAACAAUAAACCAAUUGGACAACUCUGUUUAAAAAAAAAAUGAAUGAUUUGUAAUUUUACGUAUACAUCUUGUAAGUUCUCCAACUCCAACUAUUUUGACUAAACAUUUGAAAUGUAAUGCUCAGUUUCUACCAUUUUCUGAUUCAGUUAUUAACCAUGAAAGGAGUUAAUUCAUUAAUUGGGAAUCACAAGAGUGUUAAAGUUUGGCUUUUUUGUGUUACAAUUUGCAGUUCCAUUUGUCAUUUCUUCGUUUUCCAAUUUCGUGAAUAUUAUAUAUUGCCAGUAGUGGUGUUUUGUUUUUAAUGCUCCAGCUAUUCAACUAGAAUGUUUGCAUGACAUUUCAUUCAUACUACACCCUGUUCCAAAUUAUUAUGCAAAUUCUAUUUACGUGUCACAAAGAUUAAAUAUUUUGGUUUUCAGUUUAACUCAUGGAUGAUAUUGUGUCUCAUGGCUCUUUUGAUCACUGAAAACAAUCUUGGACACCUUUGAUAAUUAGAUUGCCAGGUAAACACAAUUUAAAGAAAAACUACUAAAUGAGGGUGUUCCACAUUAUUAAGCAGAUCACCAUUUUCAUGCAAUAUGGGGAAGAAAAAGGAUCUCUCUACUGCAGAAAAGAGUGAAAUAGUUCAAUGCCUUGGACGAGGUAUGAAAACAUUAGCUAUUUCAUGAAAGCUUAAGCAUGAUCAUCGCACUAUUAAGAGAUUUGUGACUGAUUCAGAGCACAGAAGGGUUCGUGCAGAUAAAGGCACAUUGAGGAAGAAUUUUGCCAGAUCCAUGCAUCGGAUCAAGAGAACAGCUGCUAAAAUACCAUUACAUAGCAGCAAACAGAUAUUUGAACCUGCUGGUGCCUCUGGAGUCCCACGGACAUAAAGGUGUAGAGUCCUCCAGAGUCUUGCAACUGUGCAUAAACCUUCUAUUUAGCCACCACUAACCAAUGCUCACAAGCAGAAAUGGCUGCAUUGGGCAGAAAAACACAUAAAGACUAAUUUUCAAACAGUCCUGUUCACUGAUGAGUGCCGUGCAACCCUGGAUGGUCCAGAUGGAUGGAGUAGUGGAUGGUUGGUGGAUGACAAGGCUGCGACAUCAGCAAGGCGGUGGUGGAGUCAUGUUUUGGGCUGGAAUCAUGGGAAGAGAGCUGGUCGGCCCCUUUAGGGUCCCCGAAGGUGUAAAGAUGACCUCUGAAAAGUAUGUGGAGUUUCUGACUGACUACUUUCUUCCCUGGUGCAGAAAGAAGAACUGUGCUUUACGUAAUAAAAUCAUCUUCAUGCAUGACAAUGCACGAUCUCAUACUGCAAAGAAUACCUCUGCAUCAAUGGUUGCUAUGGAGAUAAAAGGAGAGAAAGUCAUGGUGUGGCCUCCAUCCUCCCCUGACCUCAAUCAUAUUGAGAACCUUUGGAGCAUCCUCAAGCAAAAUAUCUAUGAGGGUGGGAGGCAGUUUACACCCAAACAGCAGCUCUGGGAGGCUAUUCUGACAUCUUGCAAACAAAUUCAAGUAGAAUUAAAAAGGUUUUCUAAAAAAAACAAACUAAUGUUUUACUGCCUAUGCAUUACUUAGGAAAUAAGAUAAGAGGAAAAGGAUAAACAAAGAGGGUGCCAUGAGUUGUGCCAUGUGGUCGCUGAUAUCAAAUAAGGGGUCCUAUGUUAAAAUGUAACGUGACCUGUUAAAAUGUUUAAAAAGUUAAAAUGUUGUUAGAAGUUUGAUUGAAAUAGCUUUUGAUUUCAGUAAAUAUGCUACAAACACAACAAAUGACAAUUUUCAGUUCUUUACAACCUAUAAAGUGUUUUGAAACGUACUGUGCAUAAUAAAUUGGAACAGUGCUUUGUAAGUUUUUUAUGUUUAAAAAAAAUACUAUUAUCAUUAGGAGGUUUGUUCAAUACAAUUUUAAUUGUACUCUUAAUAAAUGAUAACAUGAAAAUUAUGCUGACUAUUAUUUACAUCAAUUAUUUAGGUAAAUGAGAAAAAUAUCAUUUGCAUAAUAAUUUGGAACAGGGUUGUAGUGGAGUAGUAGGGGUUAAUCCAAGAGCUCUCCGCUGGGAACAAAGAUUCAGCAUACAAGAAUACAGGAACACAGCAUAAUCCCCCUCUCCAAGGACUAGACGACACAUAGUCUUUGAGUCAACUGAGGUCUUUAUUCACAGUUCUGCUUUUAUGCAUUUUUCCCAUGCAAGGGAGGUAACUUUCAUAAUUAUUACAGUAUCCAAUCACAUAGUGGUUACCUCCCCUACAUCUCCUCCCCUUAUAUUAACAGUUAACGUUAUUAAUAGGUACACAGUUUUCCCCAAUUCGUGGAUGUACCCUAAAUACAGGGGGUACACCUUUGAAUGAGGGGUCCCCUGGUAGCCCUGAUCUAGGUGAGCAACAUACUCAAAAUUAACCCAGAUCGGACCAGGGGUUCGGGAGUUAUUGCAGGAUAAAGAUUUGACCGACCGCACGGGCAUAGUAGCCGAAAAUAGUUCCAUGAAUUCUGGCCCUGCGGUCGGUCUCUUUUCAUGAAUCAAAAGUCCCGAAAGUCUAUGGCAUCCAGGCUUCACUUAUCAUUCGGAUGAAUCCCCUAGUUCGUGGGAUUCCACAUACUGAAUGCUGGGGUGUUCGGGUGGUUUGUUCGUUACUUUUAGGCGUGCUGGAGGUCUUAGCUGUACUUGGUUAGUCGAAUGCCCGAUUUGAGUUCCAGGCAUUCGACAACCAAGUACCGCUGUUCGUGCAUAAGAUGGCCGCCGCCACGUGUUCAGUAGGAAAAAUGGCGGCCGCACACGAACUCUCCAUUAGCACCCUUUGCAACAUUGUUGCCUUCGGUAAUAAGGGGCACACAGCCACACCGGGGUGGUCCCUCAUUCGGCAGUUUACUAGUGUAAAACUGCAGUGUAGAUAGUUUGUGAACCGAGUCUCUGGUGAUUCCUGCCUUAGCAAACAUACGUCCAUUAUAAUGCAAGCGUUUAUUCGCAUAGAACAGUCAGUCUCUUAGUGGCAUGGUUUGCCACAAGGGUGUAUACUCUUUAUGUUCUUUUGCUUUUUUUUGUUUAUACUAUUUUUGGGAUUGCAGUGAUUGCCACAUAUCCACUAUGUGUCUUCCUUGCUUCUCUCUGAGACUAAUUUUGACCAGAGACCAUAACAAGUGAUUACAUCACACUAAGCAGAUUGCAGGUAAGAUAAAUAAACAAAGAAUAAACCAGAAGAAAGGUAGUGCCAAUAAUAAAAUAGUAUCUAUAAAAAUAUAAAGAUAUAUUAUAAAAUAAGAUAAAAUAGAAUAAAAUAAAAAGUCCACUGUAAAAAGUCAAACCAAAAGGAAAUAAAAUACCAAUUGUAGGGGAACAGCAGAAUCUUAAUAAAUGUAAGUGUCUUUCAUGGGGUUCUGAGUCAUGUACGGCUCAGAGUCCAAGAGUGCAUAUGUAGAAAAGACAAAAGAAAAAGUUCCAAUGGUACAGUAUGUUUGAAUAUUAAAGCUGUACAAAUAACAAAUAGGUCCUACUCACAUUUACUGGAGCUAAGGCCAGCUCUGGUAUACACAGCACAGAAUGGUAUUAUCCACACUUCUAUGAUAUAUAGGUAGGUAGAACUCUUAGUUAUACAAAGAACAGAUAGGUCCUACUCACAUUUACUGAAGCUAUAGGGUAUAUAGGUAGGUAGAACUCUUAGAUCUCUCAGCGUGGUAUCGUUAAGGGGAGCCCAGGGUAAUAUAAAACAGAUUAAAAAAGAGAGAAAAAUAGUGCUCUCUGUAUGUAUAAAACCCAUGAAUAAUAACAGUAUAUGUAUUGUACUCACAUUUGGUCAAGCAAACUCACUGCUCGAUGUAUGGGGUGCAGGUGGUAUGAUCCCCACCCUGGAUUCUUUGGUGAGGUCCUCACUGGAGUCAAUAGUCAGGAUGCCAGGCAGUUGAUAAAACAAAUAAAAUAACAUAAAUAAAAGGAGUAUGGCACAAAUAUUGUAUAAAAAUAGCCAAUAAUCCUUUAAUAAUAAAACAAAACCAAUUAAAAAUCUUCUACAAUGUGUUUCACCUCUCAAAGGCUUUCUCAAGUAGAGAUAGUUAAAUAGCUUCUUUUAAUCUCCCUUUUUAUAAUGAAAUUUACCCUAAAUCAAAAUGAAAAAAAGGAACACAGUUUUUUGAGAUUAGAGGGGUCCUUUAAAAAUGAAACAUGAUGAUGUGCAUUACAGUUAUGUAAAACAAAUCUAUUACAUAACAUGAAGCAAUAUCCACAAAACCAAACCUUAUUCUUGCAUUACUCAUAUAAAACAUGUAGUAAUUGCCUGAAAGCAAUUUGUCUUACCACUUCAGUGAACAAAAUGGUUUGCAAACAAGUUUAUGUAGUCACAGAUCCAAUGACAAAUGAGAAGUAGAUAGAAAAUCUAUGCUUGCAAGCAGUAUUCUUCCAGACACUUUGAUGUAAGCUAUUGAGGGACAUAGACCAUGAUUUUACCUUUGUGGAUCCUAUGUGGGAGUGGAAAAUGCCCUGUGUCAAUCCUAGUAUGAGACUAAUUAGGUUAGGUUAUUGAUGUACCUACAUACUUGCUGUUUUCCUUACCACAACUUUGAUUGGGAGAUCAUUGAUCAUAGUGGAUUCUGGUGGUUAAGUUACUGCUGUACCAGUCCCCUGCCAGUGGCACAGUGCCAACUUUGAGCGUUAGCUUGACAGCCUGUCUAAUUUUUCCUAGUUUGAGAUUGGGGUCUUAGGUUACAGUUGUGCUUAGAAAACUUUAAGUUGGAUAUAUAUAUAUAGUCUGUUUAAUUGUUUAUUUGAUCCGAGUGUGAGAUUGGAGUUUAGCCACUGCCAUGGCCUCUUACACCAACUUUGAAUUGUACAAAUAAAGAUAAAGGUAGGGGGCGCAAAAGAUAAGUGUAAUAGAAAGAUAUUUAAACAAAUUUAGGCUUAUUCACACUUGUCCAUCAACAUACGUGAGUUCAGAAAAAAAUACAAAAGUGGAUGUGGACAAGAAUAAAGGUGCUUAAUAUAUUAUUUAGUGUGAAUUAUAGAAUACAGCUGCUAUGUGCACUUUUAGUGAAUACUCCAAAAGACACUAUAAUUAUAAAACAUACAAAUAACAAAAUACCAAGUAGUGAUCAGAGUGCAAAAGACUUCAAACACAGCUUGAU